AUGACAAAAACUUAUAUUGCUAUAUCGUUAUACCUGUUUAGUUGUAGAGAGAAUGUCUGCUACCCUCUUUCAUUCUUCCAUGCUCAACGCAGGCCGAGGCUGAAGAGGUACGGCAGUGCGAGAAUAGGAAGACGAAAGAUGCGCGUUCAAAAACUUGGAAAGGCGAAUGGGCGUAAAGAAGAGAGGAAGGGAGUGAAACGGAAAGAGAUAUAUAUCGGUGAGAACGCGAUUACCCAAGCCAAUAUUGAGAUGUUUACGCGAUUUGGGAAUGUGGCUAAGGAGGCUGAGGAAGAGUGGCGAGUUUACAACCUGGAGUAG